AUGGCUCCAAACUGCACAAAUGUGAACAAUUCUCGGGUGGGGUUUGGGGAAACGUCCUUUGAGAUGGUCCUACUUUCCCUCACACUUUCCGUGGUGGCCAUGCUGACGGCAACCAUGAAUUCAAUGGUCAUCUCCGCUAUUAUCGUCACCCGCAAGCUCCAUCACCCUGCUAACUAUCUCAUCUGCUCAUUGGCUGUGACUGACCUACUGGUGGCCAUCCUGGUUAUGCCCUUCAGCAUCAUUUACAUAGUGACGGACACCUGGGUGAUGGGUCAGGUCAUGUGCAGCAUCUGGCUGAGCGUGGACUUUAUCUGCUGUACCUGCUCUAUCCUGCAUCUUGCUGCAAUUGCUGUGGACCGCUACCGCGCCAUUACUCAUGCAGUGGAGUAUUCCCAGAAAAGGACUUCUCGACGAGCUGCCUUCAUGAUCACUGUAGUUUGGCUCCUCUCUGUCCUCAUCUCCAUACCACCUCUAGUUUACAGACACCACAAAGCCACCAAUGAGACCCAGUGUCUCAUCAAGCACGACCACAUUGGCUUCAUGGUCUACUCCACCUUUGGAGCGUUCUACAUCCCCCUCAUACUCAUUCUUAUUCUUUACUAUAGGAUCUACCAGGCAGCUAAAUCCCUCUACCACAAGAGACGUGCCAGCUGUCUCAGAAAUCCAGAAAUGAAUGGACACAUGCUUCCAAAGUCCUCAGACCAGGAGCUCCAGAGCCCUGAUACACUCAGCCCUCCUGAGAGGUCCGGGUCUGAGCCAUCUACUGAGGGGGACAAUGUGCGUAUCACUGCCAAGAGUUCUCCGUUCGACUGGCGCCGGGACAAGUCCCUUCACAGACAUCGUAUUUCGGGGACACGGGAAAGACGGGAGAGGAAGGCAGCUACCACCUUAGGUCUUAUUCUGGGAGGUUUUGUCAUCUGCUGGCUGCCCUUCUUCAUUCAGGAGGUGAUUACCAACACCUGUUCCUCAUGUACACCCUCCAGGAAAUUGGGAAACUUUCUGACCUGGUUGGGGUACUUCAACUCACUGGUCAAUCCACUCAUAUACACCAUAUUCAAUGAGGAUUUCAAAAAAGCCUUUCAAAAGCUGGUUAAGUGCAGACACUGA